AUGGCGAAUUUAGCUAAAGGAAUGGUUUUUUCCUUGAUUCAGGAGAAAUUGGCGGUGGAUAAUGGCUCCACUGGUGAAAUUUUUUCUUCUUCUGCGUUGUUUCCCGAAUCUCCAAACAGGGAUGUAAAUAGAAUAGUCGCUGCUGCUUCUGUAACCGCCGCUUUGGCCUUGUUCCUGUCGACGAGGCUUGAUUUCAGCGUUGCCUUACGAGGAGGUUGGACUCGUUCGUUCAUCUUGGCUUUGUCGAAUGGAAAGCCGACAGUGGUGGAGUUCUAUGCUGAUUGGUGUGAGGUUUGUAGAGAACUAGCCCCUGAUGUUUACAAAAUUCAAGGAAACUUCUCUAGUAAUGGAUUUGGCUAUUGUUGUAGGCUAAUGAACAACAAGCUAGAGCUUGAAUUCAAGAUUCUGGUUGAAGAAUCAGAUCCGUCUUGUGUUAAUCAACAAUAUGACUUUUGGCUCUUACGAUUUCUUGUGUAUUUUUCUUUUGUAAAUCAGUUUAACUCCUUAAUAUAUAUAUAUAUAGAGUCCAUAAUUUUUUCAGAGCUCCGUAUCCAUACUUUCUUCUUGUGUAAUUUUCCUGCUUACCAGCUUCGUGGCGAAUCAGCCAGGCUUAAUUUCCCACACAUCAAACACGAGUAUGGAUACGGAGGCGGUGGUAGAAGCUUCAAGCCUCUUCAUCCCUCUGUUGAAGCAAAGCUCGAAGCGAUUUGUCAGAGCUUGAGAAAGACAGAGGAUGAUGAUGAUCUCCCCUGUUCUGAAACAGAGCUUUUCCCGCCGAAAGCAGAGGAUCAAGAGAGUGAAUUUGGGUUUUUGAGAGCUGAUGCGAAUUCGUUUUCCGAUGAGUCUCAGGUUGGAUCUUUGUCUCCGGAGUCAGGUAUUACCACUAUGUUCAUGGGUUUCUCGGAUUCUGAGUUUGAUGAGACUGGGAGUUUCGUGCUUGAGAAGUUUCCUUCUGUGGAAAUUGAUUGGGAUGCGUUUAGCAAGUUGUCUGAAUCUUAAGUGUCAGCCUUUAACCUCUGUGUCUGCUAUUAAGUGUCGUAUUAGUUAGCUAAUCGCUGCAACUUAAAUUUUUUGAAAUAUUCCUCCUCCAUGUGUUGAAUAAGACACUGACUUUUUUUGUGAUC